UGUUUCUCCUUUGCUGUGAGAGAUCCAAAAAGAAAAUCGUAAGCAUUAGCAUUUUGGUUUCUGUGUUCAGAAACAUUAGCUUUUUCCAAUAACUCUCUAGAGAGACCAAGCAGUUAUUGAUCAUCUGAAGAAGGAAAAAGAUCGAUCUUUUUUUCCUAUGGGAAUAGAAAAAAAAAAUCCAUUCAAAGAUACCCAUCAAGGGUUUUUCUCAGAUUCGCCCCUCUUCUGAUCCCUGGUUUCAGCUAAAAAUAAUCUCAGUUAGGUCCUUACGGGUUCAAGAGCAACCCGAGUUGUUUCAAUCCCCGUAAUGUCCAGUUCCCUGGAUUUUGGAGCAAGGGAUUUCGAAAAGCUCUGGUUUUGAUUCCCGCAUUGCUCUGCUUGCUUGAUCUCGUUUGCUUGGAGUCUCUGAUUUUGCCUCAUACUCAUCUCGGUUUCUCGCUUCAACACUUUUGGAUGCUCUGUACCUGAAGAUGCAGCCUGAUCAGCGCAAAAAGUCAUCAGUUGAUGUAGAUUUCUUCACAGAGUAUGGUGAGGGAAGUAGGUACAGAAUAGAGGAAGUGAUAGGUAAAGGAAGCUAUGGUGUUGUCUGCUCUGCCUAUGAUACACACACCGCAGAGAAAGUGGCGAUCAAGAAAAUCAACGACAUAUUUGAGCAUGUCUCUGAUGCAACCCGCAUUCUUCGUGAGAUCAAACUUCUCAGACUCCUCCGCCAUCCCGACAUUGUAGAGAUCAAACACAUCUUGUUGCCGCCUUCAAGACGGGAGUUUAAAGACAUUUAUGUGGUUUUUGAGCUCAUGGAGUCAGAUUUGCAUCAGGUUAUUAAGGCAAACGAUGAUUUGACCCCUGAACAUUACCAGUUUUUUCUCUAUCAACUUCUCCGAGGACUCAAGUAUAUACACACAGCAAAUGUCUUCCACCGGGAUAUGAAACCCAAAAACAUAUUGGCUAAUGCCGACUGCAAACUCAAGAUCUGUGAUUUUGGGCUCGCAAGAGUCGCUUUCAGCGAUACCCCAACCGCGAUAUUUUGGACAGAUUAUGUAGCAACUCGAUGGUACCGGGCUCCGGAACUGUGUGGAUCAUUUUUCUCAAAGUAUACUCCGGCGAUAGAUAUAUGGAGCAUUGGGUGCAUAUUUGCAGAACUCUUGACAGGAAAGCCUCUUUUCCCCGGUAAAAACGUGGUUCAUCAGUUGGAUCUGAUGACUGAACUGUUAGGAACGCCAUCUGUAGAAGCCAUUGCAAGGGUACGCAAUGAGAAAGCUCGUCGAUACUUGAGCAGCAUGAGGAAGAAGAAACCUGUUCCUUUUUCCCAUAAAUUCCCGAAUGCUGAUCCCCUCGCUCUUCGUCUUCUUGAAAGAAUGUUGGCAUUUGAACCCAAGGACCGACCCACAGCGGAGGAGGCGCUUGCAGAUCCGUACUUCAAGGGUUUGGCCAAAGUCGAAAGAGAGCCGUCUGCUCAACCUGUCACAAAGAUGGAAUUUGAGUUUGAGAGGCGGAGAAUCACAAAGGAAGACGUGCGAGAGCUUAUAUACAGAGAAAUUCUUGAGUACCAUCCCAAGAUGCUGAAAGAACACUUGGAAGGGUCAGAACCAACUGGCUUUAUGUACCCGAGUGCCGUAGAUCAUUUCAAGAAACAGUUUGCUUUCCUUGAGGAGCACUACAAGAAUGGAACUUGCGGUGCUCCACCCGAGAGGCAGCACGCUUCGUUACCUAGGGCAUCUGUUUUGUACUCUGAUAAGAGUCAGAAUUCCACCCAAGUAACUGACAGCAUUUCCAAAUGCAGUAUCAGAGAAAUUGAGAGGAAUAAUACUGCGACGAGGAUUCCUAUUCAAGGUGCAGCGAAGCCUGGGAAAGCGGUUGGAUCAUCAGUAUUAUUACGCUACAACAAGUGUGGUGCUGCAGCCACUGGCUCUGAAGCUAUGGAGCAGCAGAGGCGGUCCUCUGUCAGAAACCACCCGCCGGCUCAGUACGCCACUUGGAAAAAAUGAAUGCUUCAGUGUAUGGCAACCUGCUCUUAAAAGCUACUUUCUGGGCCGCGAAUAUUAAGCUUCAUCAUAUUGGGCCAUUACGUGGGCCUGAUGUAGGGCCCAUUAGCCGAAUCAUAUGGGAGCUGUUUCACCCUCCAGAGGGCGUGGACUUUGCCUUAACGCUUCCCUCGCGUGGAAGUUACUUCAUCUAAUUAUAGCUAUUAGUAUCUUUUUUCAAUUUGAAGGAUCUAUAUUAUCGUA